AUGAGAAAAAAAUCAUGCACAGAUCAUUGUUAUGAGCAUUCUCAGUAUAUGUCUAAAAAUAAUCCAACCCAAUAUGCCUUCCACUUCCAGAACAAAAACAAAAAACGGAAGACCAGGGGUAUGGAAGUUAUACCCAUCCCCAAAACUGUCUCAGUCAAAAUGAAAGCCAAGCACGUAAACGAGGAAGACUAUCAUCUGGUGGACCAGCUGUGGGAGAAAAGAGCCCUGAUGUGCCACUGUAAAAAAUGCUCUUACACCACAGCCUACAGGAGCCGCGUGCGAGCACAUUGUAAAAGUAUCCACAUGGGAAUACCCCGGCCUUACAAGGUGUAUGAGAAGGGCCACUUUAUUUGUGAUCAGUGCGGUAAAGAUUUCACCUCCAACCGUGGCUUCCACACGCAUGUGCUGAGCAAACACUUGGACAAGUUUCCUUAUAGGUGUGAGGUCUGCUCUAAGGGAUUCACCUGUAAGAGUACGCACCGAGAUCACAUGAACAUGCAUGCUGGCAUCGCUCUACAGUGUAUGGGCUGCGAACAUAUAUUUACCACUGAGUACGGUUUAAGGCGACAUAUAAUUAAAAAACAUCCUUAUCUAAUCAUACAGAAAGAUGAAGAUCAAAAAGAUAUAAAUUUUGAACAAUUGGCAACUGGGAGAGAGUUCUCUACACAAUCACAUCCAUACCCAACUCAAGGCCUUCAUUGCUCCAGCUGCCAACAAGUGUUUUCCUAUCCAGACGAACUUAAAGCUCACUAUCUCUUUUGUCCAAUGUCCCUGGCAUUUUCUUCCAUGCACCAGUCGUUCCCUCCCACUUUGUCCAUGCCCUCAGUAAAGGGCGAGAUGGUGCCGUGUACCAUGUGUGGGGAAGUGUUCCGUGACAGUAAGGACAGGCUGAUGCACAUGAACAUCAACCACGGCGUCAGCGUGUACCCAUGUCAGUCAUGUGACGACAUCUUUGGCUCGUCACGCUUGUUGUGCCAGCAUAAAAGAACUGUGCAUGGUGACAGCACUCAGGAAUGGCAUCCAAGCAAGGCUCAUCCAACUACAGCUUCUCAUCCAUAUUUGAGCAAAGAAGACUCACUAUUCAACCUUCCAUGUACAUACACAUCCAGCUACACGCACAACCCAGGCUACGGUUCUACCUCAAACAGGUGCAAGUUUUGUCCAAAGACUUUCCUAGAAAAAACAGAAAUGGCCCACCACCUGUCUCUGGCUCAUUCUUACACCCGUGGCAACUGCUGCCCUGAGUGUGGGAAGUGGUUUUCUCGUAAAGAAGAUUUCCAGGGUCACCUGAACAUGCACACGGGGGAGAAGACGUUUGCCUGCAAGGUGUGCGGGAAAGCUUUUCAUUACGCACAGUCGCAGAGGAAACAUGAGAAAAUGUGUACACUUGCCUUCACAUGA